AUGUCAGAGGAGCUACUCUUGAAAUUCCUCAAGGACAUCGAGGAGGAAGAUGGACUUCUCGAAAAGACCAAACGUAAACGGACAAAACAGGAGUUGCGUGAGGAGCAUACAAAGCGGAUUCUGGCGGCUGCUUCGAAGGGGCAGGUAGAAUUACCGCCCGAAGAGAGAUUUAUCGUGGAAAAACCAAGGCCAAAGGAAGCCAUUGAGUUUGAUCUCAAAUUAGCAAAGCAGGGAUUCUCCCUCAUCGAACAAGCACGCGCUCAACAGCCAAAAGAUUUGAUACAACGGAACUUGAAAUACAUUAAAUAUACCGACAAAAAGAGAGCGCUUGAUAAGGAGAAAGCCAAGAAAAUAGUUCUGGAGCAUUUAAGGAAGAAAACUUCGAAGGAGCUGAUACGGAAGGAGCGAAGCAAGAUCACUGGACUUCGCGAGCCUAGAAAGGAGAAAAAUAAGAAGGAUGAGAGCGUAUUCAGUGACGCCGAUUUCGCAGUUGUCGGCAAGAGGAAGAAGAAGUUGGAAAAAACUCCCAUUGAAUAUUUGUAA